UGCGUCUAAGACUAUGUGCACGUCGGAUAGCCGCCGGGGAUUGCUAUUUCUACCACUUCUGCUGCUGUUGCCUCUUCUGUUAUUGUUCGUGGUCUGUUGAUGGACAUUGCUGCAAAGUUACACGCGAUUUUUUAGCGUCUUUCUUUCUUUCCCUCCCGGUUACUGGUGCUAACUUUCCUACUACCAGUGGUGGAGUACCAGCAGUAUUACGAGUGCCGGUCUCACUGUGUACCCCGGCCGUGGACCAUCCAAAGGCUUCAAGUGUUUCUACAAAGAGUGUCGCAUGGUAAAACUACUAUCACUAUCGAUCGGUUAGCGUUGGCGCGAUCUUGCAUGAUCAUUGAACUUGGCGUUUGAGCUUUUAUUCAUAAAAAUGAAAAUGGUAGAGUUGCUUCUUCAGGUUUAACGUGAAGUGUAGUACCCAGUGAAGUUUCGGGAUCAACCGUUUCAGUAUCGCGCAUUCCCAGCGUUCAAAAGAUUCAAGCCCGUUGAUAAAACCGUGAAUUCGUGAGGAUAGCCCAUGAACUUCCGUGGCCGAUCCCCAGUGAUGUAAAGAUACAAAAGAAAACCAAACAACAAAUUGUGCCUAAAAUCUUAAGUGAUUGAGUAUUAUCCAAAGAAUCGGCUUUUUCUUUCGAGCCUUGAUAUUUUUUUAUUGGUGUUUUGUGAUCAAUCUUGACUGGCCGACCCUCGAGCUGAACAUCGCCUAAGCGGAUUAUCUUAAAAGGAUCGAACCAUUAACUCGAAGACAAGAUGAUCACUCGUCGACUCAUACAAACAGCGAUACUUUUAACACUAUGCAUAUCCUGCAUAACCGCUUCACCGCCAUCCGAGCAACUGCUUCCACCGCCACCCGCUCCAUAUCGUCGAAUGCCACCCGCUCCCCACUAUCGAAAAGUAGUUGUUGAGCCACCCGGAAUUAUGACGCGAAUAGCAAGAUGGUUCGGUAUAAAUGAAAGGCCAAAGGAGCAACAAAUAGAGGCAAGCUACUUCCAGCCUCAAUACAAAGAAGCACCAUACACCAACUAUUAUCAAGGUGGACCUAAGGCGCCAUGCAAUCUCUGCAAUAAGGACCCGUGGAUACCUAUGUUUCCCGGAAAUCUUCAGUAUCCACUGCUGAAAAGCGAGUUUCCGUCACAUCCACAAUUUAAAUUCAAUCAUCAUCCAAAUAAUAACAACUUUGAUGCACCUUCACCACACAUUUCCUUGCCAACGUAUAGGCCACCGCCACCGCCCAAUUUCACGCCUUUGAAAAGAUAUCCUUCAACAUUCAGUUUUCCGCCUGGAUUUAAAUCUAUACCACCCGGAGGAUUCCGACCACCACAAAACAUCCCACCAUUCCAGAAAACCUCAGAACCAAUUCCACUUCCGAAUUUAAGUCAAUCACCAAUCCCUCCUCUAUACGAUUCUGUUCCAUUCCGAGACCUUUCCAACAACAACCAUUUAUUGGAACCAGUUGAGUCAGUCACCCAGUUUCCUUUGAAACAAGAGGUAGUUCCGUCACAAAUUCCGCCUAACCACGGAAACGAAGAUGCGAGUAUUGAAAUUAUCAAAAGUAUUCCUUUGAAGGAGUUCACUUCUUCAGUGGAGUAUCCUAUAGAUGUGAUACAAUCUCCUAUUGUGGACUUAACAAUAAGUAACCCAUCUCCCUCCUCGACAGUAUCUCCUCAACCUCCCAUUUUGUACUCAGAACAAUCAAACCACAUAAGUUCUUCACCAGCUUUUGAGGAACACUUUGCACCCACUGUACAUCCACAUCCUGCGGAGGUAUCGAUCCUACCACAACCUACCGAGCCGCCUAUCACCGUCCAGCAACCAGUUCAUGAAAAUUAUGUUACUUCCAUUUCCCCUCAAAACAAUGACAAUCAUUUUCUACCAGAAGUCCCAAAACUAACCGAACUAGGCAGUUACAGCCCAAACUUAGUUCCACGUCAAGAAAGUUUCUUUUCUAGUCCUAUUGUGGCCUAUACGGAAGCAGACAGUCAUGCAGCGGCAUCAUCCCACAAUGUCUCAUACAGAAAUGAAAAUAAUUUGGAUAUUGGAAACUUUGGGCACAAUAUACAGAAUGCCUAUAACCCCAGUACAUUGGGGCCACCAACAACAUUUUCCGGAGAACCCUUCACUACAACGGAGCCACCCACAACAAUACCAUCAAUAGUUCCUUUCGAGCCGCACUUGGAAAAGAAGAAUCGUGAAACGCCGAAACACCUCUUGGAUUCGCCAAUCUACUAUACGCCCGGAAGUUCACCACGCCCAUUCACUAGAGAUCCAAGUGAAAUACAAUUCCGAAAUGCUGGUGUUGACCAUCCGAACAGCUUAUGGCAAUCUUCACCUACUGCAACUCCUUGGGCUUUCGUCCCUACGCCAACUUCACCUUAUUCCACCUCCCUAGAGGCAAGCGGUGUAUUUGCUGGGAUUUCUCCUCCAGCUCUCUAUCAGUCCACCCCCCAUCCCUUCGAAUAUCGGCAAAAUCAACGCGCAAAGCAAGUUAAACAAAUUGUGAUACCUUACACCAUUGACGAUAAGCCCACCCCCUUCAAAGUGCGUUUUGAACUUAAUGACCAACCCGCUGAGGAUGAGCGAUAUAUUCAAUGGGCGAACUCCCAUGAAAUUGACCUCCAUGAACAGCAAGAAUCAAAGGUAGUCACAGCAACGGAGUCUCCUGCAACGAUUUCGAAAACAACGAAAUUUUUAACGAAGAUCCUGGCCUCAAAUAUCCGAGAGCUUCUCAGGCGAGAACAUGAAAACAAGAAUAAGUCAAGGAACUCAUUUGACUUGGUGAAACUCCAGAAAAAUAUCGACGACUGGACGGAACAGGAGUUCACAUCACACACCCACAAAGCAAGCACCGUAUCAGGACGAGGUCGAUCGAAAAACAUCCCCAACGAAUAUUUAACGACAACGCCUUCCUUAACACAACUGAAAGAAUUAAAUUUGUCUACGGAACCACCGUCAACUCCUAAAAACCAUGCGACCUUGCUUGAUAACUUCGAACUGAAAAAAUAUGAGGCACUGACGAAGCUAGUUGAUGACAACCGAAUUGAAUCGUUUGAAGCCGCGGCACAACUUAGAACCACCACAACUGAGAGUCCUCAUAUUUCUCCGUUUUAUGUUAGGACAGUCCCUCCGACUCCACCGACCCAAGCACCUCAGGAAUUGUGGAAUCAUUUGAAGGUUUCGAUUUCGCCAUUAACGAAGGAAAAGGUCUACGUGGUGACACCGCAGAAUCAUAAGGUUCAGACACCAGCACCCGGAGAUAAUGUGGGUACCUUCAAGUCCCCAAGGUUUCUGGUACGACCGACACCAGGAGUGAGUCAGUCCAAUAAAAUCAACAGUACAAACGCCUUUACACCCGAACUAUUUGGCUUAAUGGGGGUAUCAGCUUACAGUCCACCGGCACCGGUUGAAACUCUCGAUGGUCAUUCAAAAGUAAUCACCAUCGUCACUCCAUCCAGCUUCAAUAAGAAGAGGUCAGCCGAAUUGGAGCGUCCAACAACAACCACCCCGUCUGCAGUGCCGUCUACAAAUCAACCAAAAUCCAGUUAAGCCGUCACCAAAAACUACCCUCAUCCUUCCCAUUGUACACUAAACCUAAAUUAUUCCAUUCAUCACCAAUUUCCAUUCACCAAUUGACUAUCGAAACCAUUCUCAUUCGCAAUAAUUAUUUUAAGGUGCCAGAAUGAUGUGAUUUUAUGCGUGUGUUUAUUUUAAGUCCUCGGUAUGUGCUACGUAGCCUUAAGGAACAUGAAGUUGCUAUUGCGUCUCGACUGAUGGUUUGACAGCUGUGAUAGUCCUGGUAUUCCCCACUCUUCCUCAGAACUCUUCAGAAUUGAGUAAUUUUUUUGUGAAUAUUGAAUUAGAGUCAAACACCAAUUUUACGCUAACCUGCUUUGGAAGCGGUCCCUGCAGUCUAUGUCCUGAUAGGGGUCGUUACGUCAAAAGGAAUACCGAAGUGUCACAGCUAUCGCCUAUAAAUUCUUAUAAUCUUAAAACAAUAUUUGAGCUAAGAAAUGUUUCUUCCAAGACCAUUUAUUGUAAAUUUUUUCUAAAUAAUGAAG